AGCAGUGUCCACACUCCUCAGAAGCCUCCAACAGCACCAUCUGGCAAAACCAACACCUUUCACUUACUUUUAACAUUACCCAGCGGAGUCCAGACCUCUCAUAUGUCUCCCCCAGAUCCAUCAGGCAGAAUCCAGACUCCUCAUUUUUCUCCAACAUCAUCCAGAGGAAUCCAGGGUCCUCACACAUCUCCAACAUCAUGCAGCAAAAUCCAGACUCCUCAGGUGCCUCCGGCAGCACCAGCUGGCAGAACCCCCACUCCACAGUUACCUCGAACAUCACCCAGUGAGUUCCAGACCACUCACGUAUCUCUAACAUCAUCCAGCAGAGUCCAGACCCCUCACAUGUGUCCCGAAGAUCCAUCAGGCAAAAUCCAGACUCCUCAUUUUUCUCCAACGUCAUCCAGAGGAAUCCAGGGUCCUCAUUCAUCUCCAGCAUCAUCCAGUAGAAUCCAAACUCCUCAGAUGCAUCCCACAGAACCAUCCACCAUAAUCCAGAAUCCACAAGUGGGGCCAGCAACACCAUCUGCCAGUCUGCAGACUCCUCAGAAGACUCUGACAUCUUUCAGCAGUUGCUUACCCACGAAUCCAAGAUUGAAAACUGUACCUAAAGAAGCCUCUGAAGAAUGUGGUCACCAGAAGGGCCCCAAAGAAGUAGUGGUGUUGAAAGUAACAGAACCAUUUACUUAUGAGUUCAAAGAAGGCGGGAAGAAGAUGUUUCAUGCUACAGUGGCCACUGAGAGCGAAUUCUUCCGAGUGAAAGUUUUCGACAUCAACUUGAAGGACAAAUUCAUCCCAAAGACAGUUAUUGCCAUAUCCGAUUACAUUGGCCGCAACGGGUUCCUGGAGCUAUACAGUGCUUCAACUGUGUCUCAUGUGAGCGCAGACAGAAAGAUGGAGAUCUCAAAGACACUGAUUAAAAAUGCUAAUGCAACUCCUAAAAUUGAGUAUCUUUGCUCAAGAAGCACAACAAAAUACGUGAAUGGGGUGUACAUGGUGUAUAAGAAAAAUGUGAGGGAAGAUUGCACUUAUUAUGAGAUACAAGAUGAUACAGGGAAGAUGGAAGUGGUGGUGUAUGGACGGCUGACCUACAUCAACUGUGAAGAAGGAGAUAAACUUAAUCUCUUCUGUUUUGAAUUGACCUUGAAUGCAGAUAAGUGGCAGCUGAGAUCUGUUUUCCACAGUUACAUCAAGGUGGGUGUUCUAUGGAAUAUCAUUCUUCCAAAACAAGUCUUUUUUUUUUUUUUUAUGUUGUACUUUCAGGAAAAUAAACUCUAUGCUGUUAGAGUGUUCAACAUGUGGGAAGAAAAACUAAGCUCUGCUGAUUAGGACAUAUGAACAUCAUUUUUUAAAAGCUAAUUCUAUUUUUAAACGUAAUAAAUAAAGUAAAUUCAGAGACA